CUCGCCAGCUGAUUUCCCUGUGAAAACGGCCAGUCUGUGAUCGCUUGAGUGUCCCUCGCGAUCAUUCCCCCAUCAUUAACUUGCUUGCCUCGACAGUUGAACGCCAGUUCAUCUUGCGAUCGAAAUGGCUGCUACUACUACCAAUGUCAAGGCUAGCCUUGAGAUCACCAAAGGCGCCACUGCACUCGACCCUAUCCCUCUCGACACCACUUCCGACUCAUUCGAUAAUGAGGGCACCAGUCUUCUAGGACCGUUUCCUACCGAGGAGGAAUGGGCCACUCUCCCUCGAGUCGCUGGUUCUAUCCCGUGGCAGGCUUGGACUGUUGCCGUCGUCGAGUUCGUUGAGCGCUUCUCCUAUUACGGCACGAGCGCUGUCUUCGUCAAUUUCAUCCAGAAGCCUCUUCCUCCAGGUUCCAAGACUGGUGCUGGUUUCCUCAAGAAACCUGGCUCGGGAGCCUUGGACAUGGGACAGCGCGCUUCAACAGGGUUGACCAUGUUCAACCAGUUCUGGUCGUACAUCACGCCGCUUGGUGGUGCCUGGCUGGCUGACGAAUACUGGGGUCGCUAUGCCACCAUCCAGUACUCUAACGUCCUCGCUGUUAUCGGUCACAUCAUUCUCAUCAUGUCUGCAAUUCCAGCCGUCAUCGUCAAGCCUAACGUCGCCAUCGCCAUCUUCUCCGUCGGUAUCGUAGUUAUGGGUCUUGGGACAGGCGGAUUCAAAUCAAACAUUUCUCCGCUCAUUGCCGAACAAUACAAAGAUCAGAAGGCCUAUGUCCGUGUCAAGAAGAAUGGCAGCAAAGAAAUCGUUGAUCCCGCCACCACCACCGCGCGUAUCUACAUAUACUUCUAUUUUCUCAUCAACUGUGGCUCUAUCUGUGGUUCUAUCGCUAUGGUCUGGUCUGAACACUAUGUGGGCUUUUGGCUCUCUUACACUCUACCGACUAUCUGCUAUCUUCUCUGCCCGAUGAUUCUCGUCACAAUGAAGAAGCACUACCGCCUUUCUCCUCCUACUGGAUCCGUCAUGGGCAAGGCCUUCAAGCUCAUUGGCCUCGGCAUCAAGAAGUCUCCAAAGAAAAAUACUUUCAAGGACGACGGUUUCUGGGCUAGAAUCAAGCCUAGCGAGAUUCGUGCGCGUGGUGAGGUCGUUCCCACUUGGAUGACGUUCGACGAUGCUUGGGUGGACGAGGUUAAACGUGGUGUCCUCGCCUGCAAGGUUUUCCUCUGGUACCCGCUAUAUUGGCUAGCAUACAACCAAAUGACUAACAACCUUGUGUCGCAAGCAAACACAAUGAACCUGGGGAAGACUCCUAACGACAUCGUCGCGAAACUGAACCCAAUCUUCAUCGUCAUCCUCAUCCCCAUCAUGGACUUCGGCAUAUAUCCAGCACUCCGGAAGGCAGGCGUGAGACUAUCUCCCAUCAAAAAAAUCACCGCUGGUUUCGCGCUCAGCUCCUUCGCCAUGGUCUCCGCCUGUGUCAUCCAGUACUACAUCUACAAAAUGUCCGCUUGUGGUAGCCAUAUCAACAAGCUGAGCAAGACCCGCAAGGACUGCCACGCCGACAUUUCUGUCUGGGUGCAAGCCGUGCCCUACGGUCUCAUUGGUAUGUCCGAGAUUAUGGCCUCUAUCACGAAGUUAGAGUACGCAUACACAAAAGCGCCACAGAAUAUGAAGUCUACUAUCCAGGCUAUUGCGCUCUCCACAUCUGCCGUCUCCGCUGCUCUUGGCCAGGCGUUUGUUAGCUUGUCGGAGGAUCCGCUUCUUGUGUGGAACUAUGGAUCUGUUGCUGUCAUCGCCAUGUUUGGUGGUAUCGGCUUCUACCUUACCUUCCGCAAGGCUGACGCCGAAGAGGACGCACUCAACAAUCUCAAGGAGAGUCAAUACGUGGGUGGUCGUGAGAUCGGUGAUGCUGAGAGUGUGAAGGAGGCUCACAACGUUAGGGAUGAGAAGAACGAGAAGGGUGCUUUGAAUUAGACGACACUGGUGAUACCCCUAUGCUUUACGAUGGAUGCCGAGAGUCAGGAAAAAUCAUGGCAAUAUGAGUAAUACUCGUCUACUGUAUACACGAUCUGAAAAUGAUGAUAUUUUCGACUGAAUGAGCAG